AUGGAAGUUGGUUUCAUUAUAACAGGUUGUUUAACAAUCGCGUUAGGUUUUGCCAUUAUGUUUCAUAUCCCAGAUAUGCCAAACAAAGCAUGGUUCUUAACCGAAGAAGAGAAGGUGCUUGUUGUUGAAAGAAUCAGGUCUAAUCAACAAGGAUUUGGUAAUAAACAUUUCAAAAAAGAACAAUUCAUUGAAGCAAUAUGUGAUGCUCAGACUUGGUUGAUUUUUGCCUAUAGCAUUGUAAACACUAUUCCCAAUGGAGGUAUAACGAAUUUAGUAGUAUUUUAA